AAUACCAUUUUGUUAUCAUAUUCUCUAAUGUGCGUUAAAAAUGAAAACGUCAAACAACUUUGUAGAAUGUUUCGAAUGAUAAUAUUAGUAAAUACGAUGAGAAAUUGAAUGAGAAAAACGAUUUUAAUCGUUUUUUUCUACAUAAAAAUUAAUAAACUAUGCCAGUUUUGCUAUUGACAAUUAAUAUGAUAUGAUCAUGGCGGAAUCUACGAAGAAGACGGAAAAUGAUAAAGUUAAGUGUAAAAUUUUAAUUGUUGGAGCUGGAAUGGCUGGACUAUCAGCUGCAAAUCAUUUAUUAAAAAAUCACGAAACCGAUUUCUUGAUUGUCGAAGCACGAGGUCGAAUAGGUGGUCGUAUAGUUGCUACCAAAAUCGGCAAUGAAAAGGUAGAAUUAGGAGCAAAUUGGAUCCAUGGAGUCCUAGGGAACCCAAUGUUUGAAUUAGCUAUGGCAAAUGGAUUAAUAGAUAUUAUACGUGUACCAAGGCCUCAUAAAGUUGUAGCUGCUAUGGAAGAUGGAAAACAAUUACCUUUCCCAAUUUUGCAAGAAAUUUAUGAAGCUUAUGUAUGUUUUUUAAGAAGAUGUGAGGAAUAUUUUUUAAGUACUUAUAGUCCCCCAGAUGGAAUAAAUAGUGUUGGAGCACACGUGGCAUUAGAAGCUGAAAUAUAUUUAUCCACCUUACUACCUGAAGAAAGAAAAAUUAGGCAAUUGUUAUUUGAUUGCUUACUUAAAAGAGAAACCUGUAUUACUGGCUGUGAUAGUAUGGAAAAUGUUGAUUUGUUGGAAAUGGGUUCGUAUGCAGAACUUCAAGGUGGAAAUAUUAGUCUUCCAGAUGGAUAUAGUGCUAUAUUAGAACCAGUUUCAAAGCAUAUACCAAAAAGCAGCAUUUUGACUAAACAUGUUGUCACUAAAAUUAGGUGGCAAAAAAAGAAAUGUAUGGACAAUGAAAAUUUUAAUAACUGCUCUAAUACAAACCCAUCUAUUGAAAUACAGUGUGAAAAUGGGAAAACAAUAUUAGCUGAACAUGUGAUUUGUACAUUGCCAUUAGGAGUACUUAAGGAAAAAGCUAAUGAUAUAUUUGAACCAUCCUUACCAAAUUAUAAAUUUGAAGCUAUAAAUAGACUUCUAUUUGGUACUGUAGAUAAAAUAUUUUUAGAAUAUGAAAGACCAUUUUUAAAUCCUGGUGUAUCAGAAGUAAUGCUUUUAUGGGAUGACCGAGGAUUGUCGGAAGAAGAAAAGCAAGAUAUCAGUAAAACAUGGUUCAGAAAGAUCUAUUCAUUUACAAAAAUUUCAGAAACUCUUUUGCUGGGUUGGAUAUCAGGAAAAGCUGCUGAAUAUAUGGAAAAAUUAAGUGGAGCAGAAGUGGCAGAGAUAUGUACAUCAAUAUUGAGGAAAUUUCUUAAUGAUCCAUUUGUACCAGCACCAAAAAAUUGUUUACGCACUUCAUGGCAUUCACAACCAUAUACACGUGGCUCCUACACUGCUAUGGCUGUUGGUGCAAGUCAAUUAGACAUUAAAUGUUUAUCUGAGCCUAUAGUGCAAGAAGAUGAUCCUUCAAAAAUUAUAAUAACAUUUGCUGGUGAACAUACACACUCUUCCUUUUACAGUACAGUACAUGGGGCAUAUCUAACUGGUCGAACUGCUGCUCAAGCACUUUUAGAAUCAAGAAAAAAUGAAAAGAAUUCAUUGAGUCUUAGUUGCGAAGAUACAAGUGAUCUUAGUUCAUGGAUACAAGGAAUUUCCUUAAAUUAAAUAGCUAUUUAAAGAAAAGAAAAUAAAAGAAGAUGAAUCGAAAGUCCUCUAUAUUGAAAUUUUCACACAAUUGAGCACAAUUUAUUAUCGUGGUAUGAAGAAUAUUUUACACACUGUCGAUUUGAUGACAAUUGUGAUUUAUAAAUGUUUAGUAUUAACGCGAAAUCUUGUGAACUAUUUUAAUUUUGUAAAUACUAUAGCGAAUUAUUUAUAUUAUGUACAUAAAAUGCCUGUUUAAGAUUUUAAGACUUUAUAAAUAUGUACUUACGAUUUUAUCUACUAUCAUACUUUUCUUCUUGGAAGGUAACUGGAAAGGGAUGAUAGUUUUAAAAUCGUAUCACAAAAUGAUGCUUCAUUUUAUGGAAUCACCUACAACAUGAAUUAUAAAAAUUUUAUAUAUUUAAUGCUAUCGAA